CUGGAUCGUGAGCAGAUACGGCAGGCUCUGUUCUCUGGUGCCUCAGUCAUUGUUUCCUACAUGGUAGAUGUUCUACGCAUCGCUUUUCGGUGGCUCAAGAGGCCGUUGGGCGUCCUCACCUUUGUCGUGCUCCUGGUGAUGAUAAGUUGCCACGUCGCUGGGAAGCUCAGCGACAUGCUUUCCCCCGUCUGUCUGCUUCCGGGCAUCUCAUCAAGCAUGGUCUGUGCUCGUUAUGCACCGAACAUACUCGGCGUGGGGAAGACAUCAAGGUUAGCGGGGGUCGGCAAGGUCGUCGAACUGCACAGCCACUUCGAGGCAAUCAUGGAUGCCAAUCGAUACACGAAUGGAAUCAGCCUAAAACUCAAGCAGUCGGAGGUUGCGACGCGCGACUUGGUUACGCUCGUACGCGCCAGUGACCUGAGGAGCCGCGAUAUCCUCGCAGAAGCCCUGAUGGAGUUGGUGAAGGACGCAAAGAAGGCAGGCGAAGGGCUGUACAGGCUCAGCGCGAAGAUUGACGGCGCGGUAGAUCGCAUCGUGGCCGUGAACGACCACGCCAUGCUCACAAUUGAAGCCGCGACAGUCAAGGAGGGCUUGCUGCCGUGGCUCGCGACGACUCUCAUGCCCCAUCUUGCCACCGGCGCGAGCACUGUCGUCCGCUCGUAUGCCAAUGUAAUGGAGACGCUGGUACACGAGACCCAGCGCAUGCUCUCCAUGGCAACUACCAGCGCCGCAGACCUUGAGCAACUCCAGGGACACCUCCUGACAAUACAUGAAGUCUGCUUGCGAGAGGGAAUCUUCGGUGGAAACCGUUAUGCGCGCCAGACGAACGAGGCGCAUCUUGCGCUCCUCAAGGAAGCCCUCGCCCAUGUAAUCGCAACGCGAGAUGCGUUACAAAUGCUGGUCGCAGAUGUGGAGGAGCUGCGGGACCGCUCGGCCGCACCUGGCAUUGUAGGUGAACGCGUGCCGGUGGAGGCGUUGGUUCGGAGCGUCAGUUAUGGCAUUGAACGGCUGAAGGAGGGGCGC